AUGCAUGUAUACAUCCUAUUGGUUGUAACCAUUGGAUAUUUAAUUAUUGUGGGAGUAGUUGGUUGGAAAUUAUUAAAAAAAUACAGCCAUAAAGAUGAGAAAAAUCAUUUUAUAUACUCAUUUGCAAAGCUGAUCAUAAUUUUCGGGUAUGUACAAUGUAUGGUAAUGGGAGUACUUCUAGUACCAAUAGAUUACCACUUAGAUAUGCUAAGUUAUAUGAAAAGGUAUUUGGACUCAUUCCAAUUAUGUAGAAUCGUAUAUUGGAUUUCAUGGAUCCAUAUUUUUGCCUUAACACCAUGUUUAAUAGUAAUAUAUUUAGAUGUAACAAAAGAAGUGGCAACAGCAGACAAUUAUAGGAAGCGUGUAAAUAAAAAGAAGACUCAUCAAUGCAAGAUUUAUUCUACAAAGACGUGUAUAAAUAAAGGAAGUUUAAUUUGCAAAAAGGUGUUAUUCGUUUUGAUUCUUUUUACAUUUUUAUCAUUAUUUAUUUUCUUUUUAACGUACUUAUAUUUUAAAAAACUAAGUUUAUCUUUAAAUGCAGAAGAGUGUGAAUUAUGGUAUCCCUAUUUGGAGAAGACAAAUAAAAAGGAUCUCCUAUUACUUAAUUUAAGAAAAAAAGAAAAUUGCAAAAAUAUUGGAAAGGAAAAUAUUCGAAUAUAUUUUAACUUGAAUUUUAACGACUAUGUAAUUAUUUUUAUGUCUUUCCUUGGAUCUAUUUGUUUUUCGUUUUAUGGUGCUGUUGGUUUGGUGUCGCUACCGUUUAAUUUAAUUCUCCCCUACAUCUGCCAAUGCAGGGAAAGGAGAUCGAAACUGCUCAGUAGCGCGGACCCAAUGGGUCAAUUCAAGCAAAUGGGACAAGCUAGUCAAAUGGGACAAGCUAGCCAAAUGGGAAAAACUAGCCAAAUGGGACAAGCUAGCCAAAUGGGAAAAACUAGCCAAAUGGGACAACCAAGCCAUAUAGGCAAUGUCAACUCCGUGGAGGAAGCACAAUUUAAAGCAGAACUUUACGACAUCAAUAGAAAAGCAAAAGAUCUUCUUAAAAUCACAGAUUCUGUGGAAAUGAAUAGAGAGAGAGCAAAUCGGUCUAAUUAUUUUAAAUCUAUUUUACAAAAUAUAAAAUAUAAAAGAGAAAAGCAAAUACUUAAUCAUAUGGUGUACAAAUUAGAAAUGAAAUACGAAAAUUUGGUGGAUCACUACAACAACCCGAUUAGCACAUUAUAUUCCCUUGUUCUUCUCCUCCUUGGGAUCAUUUUUUUAUUCACCUCUGUUAUUAUCAUUGUCCAAAUUAUUUUGUGCAUUAUAGUACAUUUCAAUGUACGAGGGAAAACGUUCCUUCGCUUACACCAACUAUGGGAUUCUCAGCAUAAAGUUCUCUCAAGCAAGGAUUUAACUUCUGUUUCUCUGAUAAUCUACAGUUUUGUAAGCACAUACCUCUUUGCUUGCUCCUUUUCUGGAUAUUCUUACAUCAGUUCCAAGCUAAAGAUUGGACUUCAUUUAUUACUAGAGAAGAAGAAUACCUACAUCUACACUAUUCUGAUGAAUACAUGUCUCUUAAUGUUUAUGUCAUCCGGAUGGUCAACCCUUUCCCUGAAUUUCUUCCCGGUCUACACAAAAGGAACAGGCAUCUUUACUUUUUUCGACUUAGUCUUUAAAAAUCUCAGAUUUAUUGGGAAAAUGUACGAAAUGAACGCAUUCCUAUACUUAAUGUUGGUUGUUAGUGUCAUAACCAUUCUUAUGUUUUGUCUAUCCGAGAAGUGCAAGAUUUUUUCUGCAUUUAUGCCAUUCACAUUUCAGGAAUUUAUGAAAGAAGAAGAGGGUAGUACAAACCAGGAUGCAGAGUUUAUCGAUGAGCUAGACUCCGAUUUAGAUUCAGACUUAGAAAACUGUGUCUCAUCGAGAAACACUGACAAGGAACCGAGAAGGAACACAAAAUUAUUUAAAUAA